CCGGAAGCGGCGCCGAGGCCGCUUCCGGUCUCCCGCCGCUGAGGCCGAGGCUGAGGGUGCUCGGGCUGCGAUGGCGGCCGCGGCGGCGCCGGGGGCGGAGUCGGGCCCGGGGGCGGGGUCGGUGCCGAGUUUGGAGAGCCAGCGGCGGCUGGUGGAGGACGGGGAGAGCGGCCGGGAGCGGCCCCUGCGACCGGGGGAGAGCUGGUUCUUGGUGGAACAACACUGGUACCAGCAGUGGGAGGCUUAUGUCCGAGCUGGAGACCAGGACUCUAGCGCCUUCCCUGGGCCUGUCAACAAUGCGGAGCUCUUCGAAGACCAAGAAACCUGGCGUCUGAAGGAACGGCUGGUGGAAGGCGAGGACUAUGUGCUGCUGCCAGCCAUGGCCUGGCAUCUUCUGGUUAACUGGUAUGGGCUGGAGCCCGGGCAGCCACCCAUCGAGCGGAAGGUGGUAGAACUGCCCAGCACCCACAAGGUAGAAGUCUAUCUGGUGGAGCUGCUCCUGUGUCAGCACAAUGACAUGGAAAUAUCCCGGCCUGCCCAGUUCAGCCGUGCAGACCCUGUUGAAUUGGUCCUUCAUACAGCCAGGGAGCAAUUCUUAGUGGGGCCAGACGAGGAGACACGUCUGUGGGUGAAGAAUGCAGAUGGAUCCUGCGAGAGACUGAGGAAUAUACAUAUGUCUGUGUUAGAUGCCUGCCUUGGGCCUGGUCAGGUUGUCAUCAUGGAGACUCGGAACAAAGAUGGCACAUGGCCUAGCUCCCGGCCUCACAUCAUGAAGAGCGUGUCAGAUGAGGAUGACGGCUUCCGGGGCCAGCCAGGUGUCUGUGGUCUCACCAACCUGGGCAACACGUGCUUCAUGAACUCAGCCCUGCAGUGCUUGAGCAAUGUCCCCCCGCUGACGGAAUACUUCCUCCACAACCACUACUUAAAGGAGCUGAAUUUCUGCAAUCCCCUUGGCAUGAAGGGCGAGAUCGCUGAGGCCUACGCUGACCUGGUCAAACAGGCCUGGUCUGGCCACCACCGCUCUGUAGUCCCCCGGAUGUUCAAGACGAAGGUCGGCCACUUUGCAUCCCAAUUCCUUGGCUACCAGCAGCACGACUCCCAGGAGUUGCUCUCCUUCCUGCUCGAUGGGCUGCAUGAGGACCUGAACCGGGUCAAGAAGAAGGAGUACGUGGAGCUUCGGGAUGCUGCUGGACGGCCUGACCAGGAGGUGGCAGAUGAAGCCUGGCGAAAUCAUAAGCGUCGGAAUGAUUCUGUAAUUGUGGACACGUUCCAUGGGCUCUUCAAGUCAACAUUGGUCUGCCCUGAGUGUGGAAAGGUGUCUGUAACCUUUGACCCCUUCUGCUACCUGAGUGUUCCUCUGCCUGUGAGCAAAGAACGUGGCAUGGAGGUCUUCUUCGUUUCUAUGGACCCACGCCGAAAACCCGAGCAGCAUCGUCUGGUUGUGCCCAAGGCAGGGAAAGUGUUGGAUCUCUGUGUGGCCCUGGCCAAGCACACGGGCGUCUCUCCAGACCGGAUGAUGGUGGCUGACGUGUUCAGCCAUCGCUUCUACAAGAUCUACCAGCUGGAGGAGUCUCUGAGCUGUAUCCUAGAUCGCGAUGACAUCUUUGUGUACGAGGUGUCUGGCGGGGCUGGUGGCGGAGAGGGCACGGGAGAGGACGUGGUGCUGCCCGUCUACCUUCGGGAGCGGACCCCAGCCCGGGACUACAGUGACUCCUAUUACGGCCUCAUGCUUUUCGGACACCCUCUACUGGUAUCUGUGCCACGCGACCGGCUCUCCUGGGAUGCCCUCUACCAUAUUCUGCUACACCGCCUUUCGCGCUAUGUCACCCGACCCGAAUCAGACGACGAGGAGGAGGAGGACGACGACGACGACGACGAUGACGACGAGGAAGAGGAGGACGACGAGGACGAAGACGACGAAGAGGAGGAGGAAGACAACAGUGAAGAUGAUGAGGAGGAGGAAGAGGAGGACGACGAAGAAGAUCUGUAUAAGCGUCCCAGCAGGCUGAGUGAGGGCGAGGAAGAUGAGGAAGAGGAAAGGGGGGGGAGUACCUUGGAUGUCCGGCCCUCUACAGAGGGCUCAGGGGCAACCAGCGGGGUUCAGGUAGGGGAGGUAGAGGGGGAGGGCCCUCCUCCCAGUCCCCCUCCCAGUCCCCCUCCCGGCCCCGCGAAGAGGCCAAGAAGAAGGAGGCGCCGACGGCGGCGGAGGAGGCCCCGGCGGAAGGUCCUCUUCAGCCUCCACACCGUGAAUUCCAACGGAACCAGUGACCGCAGAGGCUUUGCCGAAGAUGCCAACGGAGUCUCCUUUAACUCCCAGCCAUACAUCGCCAUCGACUGGGAGCCCGACAUGAAGAAGCGCUACUACAAUGAGGUGGAAGCCGAGGGCUACGUGAAACACGACUGCAUGGGCUACGUGCUGAGGAAGGCCCCUGUGCGCCUUCAGGAGUGCAUCGAGCUGUUCACUACUGUGGAGACUUUGGAAGAAGAAAAUCCCUGGUACUGCCCGACCUGUAAGCGCCAUCAGCUGGCCACCAAGAAGCUGGAUUUGUGGGCCCUCCCUGAGGCCCUCAUCAUCCACCUGAAGCGUUUCUCCUACACCAAGUUUUCCCGUGAGAAGCUGGACACACUGGUGGAGUUUCCCAUCCGGGACCUCGAUUUCUCUGAGUUUAUCAUCAAACCGAGGACUGAGGCUGACCCGACACCCUGCAAAUAUGACCUCAUCGCUGUCUCGAACCACUACGGGGGCCUGCGAGAUGGGCACUACACCACAUUCGCCCGGAACAAGGACAGCGGCCAGUGGCACUACUUCGAUGACAGCAGCGUCUCGCCCGUGUCCGAGAGUCAGAUUGAGAUCACCAGCACCCACUGCCCUGGACCAUCUCAGCCCGUGUUUCACCUGGAGCAGCUCGUUCUUGCGGCAUAUUUACAUGGGGCGUGGGCCAGAGGCCGCCACAGUCAUGUCGGAGGGCACAGCUGGCAGUGGGAAGGAAGCUCGCUGGGACCUUCCUCAAAGCAGCAUACUUCAGUUCUCCAUGCUUAGCCCACCCACCUUAGGUCCCCAAGCCCUCCCCAGCUCAUCCUCCCCCAAGCCCCUGCAGCCCACCUUGUCCCAAAAGAGGAACUCAACUUGUCUAGGGUCACUCGGCCAGCUAGUGGCUGAGGCUGGAUUUGAACUCAGAACUCUGGAGCACUAUACUUGUUGCUGGCCUGCUGCCUGUAAAUUGUGCUAAUAAAAUCUUUAUUGAGUGGGCAA